UGAUGAUCAGUGUAGCCCCAGCAGUGCCACCUGUCAGUGUCCAUCAAUGCCAGCUGUCAGUGCUCAUCCAUGCCACCUGCCAGUGCCAUCAGUGCCACAUCAAUGCAGUGCCUACCAGUGCACAUCAAUGCCAUAUAUCAGUGCCCAUUUGAGCUGUCUUUCAGUGCUACCUAUCAGUGCCAGUCAAUGCCACCUAUCAAUGCCAGUCAGUGCCACCUAUCAGUGCUGCCAAUCAGUGCUGCCUAUCAGUGCCAUCAGUGCCGCCUAUCAGUGCGCAUAAGUGCCGCCUAUCAGUGCAGCCUAACAGUGCCAGUCAGUGCCGCCUAUCAGUGCCAGUUAGUGCCGCCUAUCAGUGCCGCCUAUCAGUGCCACCUAUCAGUGCUGCCUUUCAGUGCCCAUCAGUGAUGCUUGUCAAUGCCCAUCAGUGCCACCUACCAGUGCCUCCUCAUCAGUG